GCCCGGCCCCGCGGCAGGAGGCAGCGCCGCGCUGGGAUGUUGUGAGCCCGGAGCAGGCGGCGGCGGCGGCGGAUCCGGGCCCGGCCGCGCUCUGACCGCAGCGGGGGGAGCGGGCGCCGCCAGCAUGGACUGGGGCACCGAGCUGUGGGACCAGUUUGACGACAUAGAGCGUCACACCCAGUGGGGGCUGGAUCUGAUGGAGAAGUACGUGAAGUUCGUGAAGGAGCGGACGGAGAUCGAGCAGGCCUAUGCCAAGCAGCUCAGGAAUCUGGUGAAAAAGUAUCUUCCGAAACGGAACACAAGAGAAGAUCCAGAAUCCAAGUUUUGCCAGUACCAGGCCUUCCUGCAGGUGGUGAAGGAGCUCAAUGACUUUGCUGGGCAGAGGGAGGUGGUGGCGGAGAACCUGAUGACGCAGAUCUGCAUGGAGCUCUCUAAGAAUGCCCAGGAGCUCAAGCAGGAGAGGAAAUCGCACUUCCAGGAGGGCCGGCGAGCCCAGCAGCAGCUAGAAAACUCCUUCAAGCAACUCGAAAACAGCAAACGCAAGUUCGAGCGGGACUGCAGGGAGGCGGAGAAAGCUAUGCUGGCUGCCGAGAAGCUCGACCAGGACCUCAAUGCCACCAAGGCGGACGUGGAGAAGGCGAAGCAGCAGGCCAAUCUGCGCAGUCACAUGGCGGAGGAGAGCAAGAACGAAUACGCCUCCUUCCUGCAGAAAUUCAACCGGGACCAGAGCCAGUUCUACUUCCUGGAGAUGCCGCAGAUCUUCAAUAAGCUGCAGGAGAUGGACGAAAGGCGGACGGUGCGGCUGAAGGAAGGCUACGGCAUCUUCUCCGAGACUGAGCGGCAAGUCAUGCCCAUCAUCGGCAAGUGCCUAGACGGCAUGAAGGCAGCGGCCGACUCAGUGAACGAGAAGAACGACUCCCAGGUGCUGAUCGAAUUACACAAGUCCGGCUUCGAGAGGCCGGGAGACGUGGACUUCGAAGACUUCAGCCAGCCUAUCAACCGCACCUCUUCGGACAGCAGCCUGGGGACGCCCCGGGGCACCCUGGAUGGCCGGCUGGACCCCCGCCUGCUAGGCAAGAAUAAAGGGAAGCGCUGGCUCUUCAGCAAGAAGAAUAAGCUCCCACCCCCUCCCCUCUCCCCGGUGAUCUCUGCCCCUCCUCCUUCCUCCUCGUCUGCCACCAACGGACCUCCAUCCCCCAAAUUCACCCGGGACCCUCUGUCUUACUGUCUGAAUGAGAUCAAUAAGACAGUCAAACCCCGCAUCGCCUCCUUCCGCAGCCUCAAACGGGGGGGUAAGUUUUGUCCUGUGAUCACGGAAGAUUUCAGCCACUUGCCGCCAGAGCAGAGGAGGAAAAAGCUGCAGCAGAAGAUGGAGGAGAGGACCCGGGAGCUGCAGAAGGAAAUCGACCAGAGAGAUGCCUUAAACAAGAUGAAGGACGUGUACCAGAAGACGCCCCAGAUGGGCGAUCCCGCUAGCCUGGAGCCAAAGAUCUCUGAGACCCUCAGCAACAUCGAGAAGCUGCGCCUAGAAAUCCAGAAGUACGAGUCAUGGCUGGCUGAAGCAGAGAGCAGAAUGCUGAGUAACCGGCCGGACAGCAUCCUGAGACAGAGCCGUCACCUGGACCACGCCACCACCCUGAGCAACAAUGGCUCCCACGAGAAGGACAGCCCUGAUGCCACCCACUCUGACGACAGCCAAGAUGCCCUGAACCAGCCAAUCUACACAGAGUUUGAUGAGGACUUCGAGGAGGACCUGGCCUCGCCCAUCGGCACCUGUGUGGCCAUGUACCAGUUUGAAGGUUCCAGCGAAGGCACCAUCUCCAUGACGGAGGGGGAGGAGCUGAGCCUGAUGGAGGAGGACAAAGGCGACGGCUGGACCCGCGUGCGGAGGAGCAAAGGCGACGAGGGCUACGUGCCGACCUCCUACCUGCGGGUCACCCUGAACUGAGUGCGGGCCUCCCCGCCCGGCUGGAGAGCGGCAGCUGGCUCGUGGAGCUGCGGGGGGGCGGCGGGGAUUGGAGCAACGCUGCUGGAGCCUGGGGGUUGGGACUCCACGGGUACAGGCUUGGAAGUGGCCCCUGGCCCUGCAUAGACAAGUGGCCCUUGUGGGCAAGCAGUGGUGCCCGCUUGCAAAGCAGAUCGCCUGUGAGGGGAAGGAGAACCCCCCCCCACCCCCUUCUGCCCAAGCCCCAGCUCUGUGGCAUUUCGCAUUUCAGCACGGCCUCUCGGUUUGCGGGGGGGAGGUCGCAGUGGGUGCUGGGGGGAGGGGUGGACUGGGUUUCUGGCUGCUGCCCCUGCAUACUCCCAUACUGUGCCCCCUCUGUCAGUUCCCCGUGAGUGAGUGAGUAACUCAACCUCCUCCUAAAAGCAUCUGCUGCACCCUGCCCUCUCCCCUGCUCUUAAGCACCUGGGCUGUGAACCCCACAUUUCCCCCAGGGGCGUGGCUGCAAUAAUCCCUGUGUCCACAAGGGGGUAUGGUUCAGAUUCCAUCCCUCUAUACUCGGUGGGGACAUGGUUCCCAUGCUACCCCCCACCCCCUCCUGGGUGGGGCUCAUAGGAGCCCGUUAUUAUUUCCUCCUGUGGGGGGGGGCUGCAUGAGGUCUCUGGGGUGAAGGGAGCUGCACCGCCUCCUGCUAGUUUAGGGCAAAGGGAUCCAGGCUCAAUGUGGGUGUGAUGAGCAGAGCCCAUUUCAGGGGGGGCUUAUGGAAUAGAAAGUGCAUCGAUUCUUCCAUGUUCAUCACCCUGGCAUCUGGGCGUCUUCCAGGUGCAUGUUAAGCAGCAUGCCGAACCUCAAUCCUGGGUCAGUUGUUUCCUUUCUGGGAUUUGAACCCAGGACCUGUGGCUUCCUGCUUAGGCUGGCGCCAGCCCAGAUGUUAAUGGAACAGAGGUGCCAGCCGGCCGGGAGCCCCCGGGCCUAAACCUCUGGCCAUUCUCUGCCAGGGGCUGUGGGUCUCAAUUCAUCUGGCCCUGGGUGGGAGCGAGUGCCCGUUGCAGCUAAUGCCACCAGCUCGAGCGUUGGCCGAGCUCCAGCCCACUUCCCCUUCCGCCGCUGGGGCCACGACAUGCACUUUAUUCCCCAGACUCCAAAACUCGCCCAGCCAAGGGGGGAAAAAUAUGCAUAAAGUGCCUGCUGCAUAAAUGAAUCUGUCCUGUGGGGGGGUGAUCUCGCUGGGGGGAGCCCAGGGGUCCGCGCUGCAGCCCACCCCUUGUGUGUAAUUUUUUUUAGAGGACUCUAAUAUAUUAGCCUUUUAUACAGUGACCAAUUACUGCUCGUUUUAGCCUAUGCCUCAGUUAACCCGUAACAUAAGUGUAAAUGUCCCAGUGGUCUUGGCGUCUGUUCACCCUACCGGGGGGGGGGAGGGGGGCAGAUCCUGUCUCCCCUCCGGUUCUGAGAAGUGGGUCUGGGGGGGGGGGUCGCUGUGCUGGAGCCCGUGGCCCCCGAGCCAUAGAAUGUAUUUCCACUGCAGCCUGGUGCCUUUUACACUUUAUGUAAAUAGUUGAUUUCUCUCUCUCCCUUCCCCAGUGCAGUUUUUAAGAAGUUUAUAAAAACAGUACAGACUC